AUGGAACUCUCUUCCAGCUCCUUGCUUAUGGAAUUCUCUUCCAGCUCUUUGCUUAUGGAACUCUCUUCCAGCUCUUUGCUCUCUCUUCUCCUUGCUUGUGGAAUUCUCUUCCAGCUCCUUGCUUAUGGAACUCUCUUCCAGCUCUUUGCUUAUGGAACUCUCUUCCAGCUCCUUGCAUAUGGAAUUCUCUUCCAGCUCCUUGCUUAUGGAAUUCUCUUCCAGCUCCUUGCUUAUGGAACUCUCUUCCAGCUCCUUGUUUAUGGAAUUCUCUUCCAGCUCCUUGCUUAUGGAACUCUCUUCAGCUCCUUGCUUAUGGAACUCUCUUCCAGCUCCUUGCUUAUGGAACUCUCUUCCAGCUCCUUGCUUAUGGAACUCUCUUCCAGCUCCUUGCAUAUGGAACUCUUCCAGCUCCUUGCUUAUGGAACUCUCUUCCAGCUCUUUGCUUAUGGAACUCUCUUCUCUCUUGCUUGGAAUUCUCUUCCAGCUCUUUGCUUAUGGAACUCUCUUCCAGCUCCUUUUUAUGGAACUCUCUUCCAGCUCCUUGCUUAUGGAACUCUCUUCCAGCUCCUUGCUUAUGGAACUCUCUUCCAGCUCCUUGCAUAUGGAACUCUCUUCCAGCUCUUUGCUUAUGGAACUCUCUUCUCCUUGCUUAUGGAAUUCUCUUCCAGCUCCUUGCUUAUAGAACUCUCUUCCAGCUCUUUGCUUAUGGAACUCUCUUCCAGCUCCUUGCUUAUGGAACUCUCUUCCAGCUCUUUGCUUAUGGAACUCUCUUCCAGCUCCUUGCUUAUGGAAAUUCUCUUCCAGCUCUUUUCCAGCUUUGCUUAUGGAACUCUCUUCCAGCUCCUUGCUUAUGGAACUCUUCCAGCUCCUUGCUUAUGGAACUCUCUUCCAGCUCCUUUUGCUUAUGGAACUCUCUUCCAGCUCUUUGCUUAUGGAACUCUCUUCCAGCUUAUGGAACUCUUGCUUAUGGAACUCUCUUCCAGCUCCUUGCUUAUGGAACUCUUCCAGCUCCUCUCUUCCAGCUCCUUGCUUAUGGAACUCUCUUCUCUUUUUGCUUAUGAAUUCUCUUUGCUCCUUGCUUAUGGAACUCUCUUCCAGCUCCUUUGUUUUCCAGAACUCUUCUCUCUUCCAGCUCCUUGCUUAUGGAACUCUCUUCCAGCUCCUUGCUUAUGGAACUCUCUUCCAGCUCUUUGCUUAUGGAACUCUCUUCCAGCUCUUUGCUUAUGGAACCCUUCCAGCUCCUUGCUUAUGGAACUCUCUUCCAGCUCCUUGCAUAUGGAACUCUCUUCCAGCUCUUUGCUUAUGGAACUCUCUUCCAGCUCUUUGCUUAUGGAACUCUCUUCCAGCUCUUUUGCUUAUGGAACUCUCUUCCAGCUCCUUGUUUAUGGAACUCUUCCAGCUCCUUUUCUUUAUGGAACCUCUUCCAUGGAACUUCUCUUCCAGGAACUCUCCUUGCUUAUGGAACUCUCUUCCAGCCUUAUGGAACUCUCUUCCAGCUCCUUGGAACUCUCUUCCUCUUUGCUCUUUUUGCUUAUGGAACUCUCUUCCAGCUCCUUGCUUAUGGAACUCUCUUCCCCAGCUCCUUAUUCUCUUUCUCCUUGCUUAUGGAACUCUCUUCCUGCUCUUUGCUUAUGGAACUCUCUUCUCUCCUUGCAUAUGGAAUUCUCUUCCAGCUCCUUGCUUAUGCAACUCUCUUCCAGCUCUUUGCUUAUGGAACUCUCUUCUCCUUGCUUAUGGAAUUCUCUUCCAGCUCCUUGCUUAUGGAACUCUCUUCCAGCUCUUUGCUUAUGGAACUCUCUUCCAGCUCCUUGCUUAUGGAACUCUCUUCCAGCUCCUUGCUUAUGGAACUCUCUUCCAGCUCCUUGCUUAUGGAACUCUCUUCCAGCUCCUUGCUUAUGGAACUCUCUUCCAGCUCCUUGCUUAUGGAACUCUCUUCCAGCUCUUUGCUUAUGGAACUCUCUUCCAGCUCCUUGCUUAUGGAAUUCUCUUCCAGCUCCUUGCUGGAAAACUCUUCCAGCUCUUUGCUUAUGGAACUCUCUUCCAGCUCCUUGCUUAUGGAACUCUCUUCCAGCUCCUUGCUUAUGGAACUCUUCCAGCUCCUUGCUUAUGGAACUCUCUUCCAGCUCCUUGCUUAUGGAACUCCUCUCCAGCUCCUUGCUUAUGGAACUCUCUUCCAGCUCCUUGCUUAUGGAACUCUCUUCAGCUCCUUGCUUAUGGAACUCUUCCAGCACCUUGCUUAUGGAACCUUUUUCUCCUUGCUUGCAUAAAUUCUCUUCCAGCUCCUUGCUUAUGGAACUCUCUUCCAGCUCUUUGUUUAUGGAACUCUUCCAGCUCUUUGCUUAUGGAACUCUCUUCCAGCUCCUUGCUUAUGGAACUCUCUUCCAGCUCUUUUGCUUAUGGAACUCUCUUCCAGCUCCUUGCUUAUGGAACUCUCUUCCAGCUCCUUGUAAAUAUGGAACUCUUCCAGCUCUUUGCUUAUGGAACUCUCUUCCAGCUCUUGUUUAUGGAACUCUUUUCCAGCUCCUUGCAUAUGGAACUCUCUUCCAGCUCUUUGCUUAUGGAACUCUCUUCCAGCUCCUUGCUUAUGGAACUCUCUUCCAGCUCCUUGCUUAUGGAACUCUCUUCCUGCUCUUUGCUUAUGGAACUCUCUUCCAGCUCCUUGCAUAUGGAAUUCUCUUCCAGCUCCUUGCUUAUAAAAUUCUCUUCCAGCUCCUUGCUUAUGGAACUCUCUUCCAGCUCCUUGCUUAUGGAAUUCUCUUCCAGCUCCUUGCUUAUGGAACUCUCUUCCAGCUCCUUGCUUAUGGAACUCUCUUCCAGCUCCUUGCUUAUGGAACUCUCUUCCAGCUCCUUCUCUUGAAAUUCUUUCCAGCUCCUUGCUUAUGGAACUCUCUUCCAGCUCUUUUGCUUAUGGAACUCUCUUCCAGCUCCUUGCUUAUGGAAUCUCUCUCUUUGCUUAUGGAACUCUUCCAGCUAUGCUUAUGGAACUCUCUUCCAGCUCUUUGCUUAUGGAACUCUCUUCCACUCUUUGCUUAUGGAACUCUCUUCCAGCUCCUUGCUUAUGGAACUCUCUUCCAGCUCCUUGCUUAUGGAACUCUUCCAGCUCUUUGCUUAUGGACUCUCUUCCUGCUCUUUGCUUAUGGAAUUCUCUUCCAGCUCCUUGUUUAUGGAACUCUCUUCCAGCUCCCUUGCUUAUGGAACUCUCUUCCAGCUCUUUGCUUAUGGAACUCUUCCAGCUCUUUGCUUAUGGAACUCUCUUCCAGCUCCUUGCUUUAUGGAACUCUCUUCCAGCUCCUUGCUUAUGGAACUCUCUUCCAGCUCCUUGCUUAUGGAACUCUCUUCCAGCUCCUUGCUUAUGGAACUCUCUUCCAGCUCUUGCUUAUGGAAUUCUCUUCCAGCUCCUUGCUUAUGGAACUCUCUUCCAGCUCUUGCAUAUGGAACUCUCUUCCAGCUCCUUGCUUAUGGAACUCUCUUCCAGCUCCUUGCUUAUGGAACUCUCUUCCAGCUCCUUGCUUAUGGAAUUCUCUUCCAGCUCCUUGCUUAUGGAAUUCUCUUCCAGCUCCUUGCUUAUGGAACUCUCUUCCAGCUCUCUUCCAGCUCUUUGGAACUCUCUUCCAGCUCCUUGCUUAUGGAACUCUCUUCCAGCUCCUUGCUUAUGGAACUCUCUUCCAGCUUCUCUCUUCUCCUUGUCUAUGGAACUCUCUUCCAGCUCCUUGCUUAUGGAACUCUCUUCCAGCUCCUUGCUUAUGGAACUCUCUUCCAGCUCUUUGCUUAUGGAACUCUUCUUCUUUUUGCUUAUGGAACUUUCUUCUCCUUGCUUAUGGAACUCUCUUCCAGCUCCUUGCUUAUGGAAUUCUCUUCCAGCUCCUUGCUUAUGGAACUCUCUUCCAGCUCCUUGCUUAUGGAACUCUCUUCCUGCUCUUUGCUUAUGGAACUCUCUUCCAGCUCCUUGCAUAUGGAACUCUCUUCCAGCUCUUGCUUAUGGAACUCUCUUCUCCUGCUUAUGGAAUCUCUUCCAGCUCCUUGUUUAUGGAACUCUCUUCUCUUCAGCUCUUUGCUUAUGGAACUCUCUUCCAGCUCCUUGCUUAUGGAACUCUCUUCCAGCUCCUUGCUUAUGGAACUCUCUUCCAGCUUGCUUAUGGAACUCUCUUCCAGCUCCUUGCUUAUGGAACUCUCUUCCAGCUCCUUGCUUAUGGAAAUUCUCUUCCAGCUCCUUGUUAUGGAACUUUCUCUUCCAGCCUUGCUUAUGGAACUCUCUUCCAGCUCUUGCUUAUGGAACUUCUCUUCCAGCUCCUUGCUUAUGGAACUCUCUUCCAGCUCCUUGCUUAUGGAAAUUCUCUUCCAGCUCCUUUGCUUAUGGAACUCUCUUCCAGCUCUUUGCUUAUGGAACUCUUCUCCUGGCUUAUGGAACUUUCCAGCUCUUUGCUUAUGGAAUUCUCUUCCUGCUCCUUGCUUAUGGAACUCUCUUCCAGCUCCUUGCUUAUCUCUUCCAGCUCUUUGCUUAUGGAACUCUCUUCCUUGCUUAUGGAACUCUCUUCCAGCUUUGCUUAUGGAACUCUCUUCCAGCUCCUUGCUUAUGGAAAUUCUCUUCCAGCUCUUGCAUAUGGAACUCUCUUCCAGCUCUUUGCUUAUGGAACUCUCUUCCAGCUCCUUGCUUAUGGAACUCUCUUCCAGCUCCAGCUCCUUCCAGCUCCUUGCUUAUGGAACUCUCUUCCAGGAAUUCUUUCCAGCUUUGCUCAUGGAACUCUCUUCCAGCUCCUUGCUUAUGGAACUCUCUUCCAGCUCCUUGCUUAUGGAACUCUUCCAGCUCCUUGCUUAUGGAACUCUCUUCCAGCUCUUUGUUUAUGGAACUCUUCCAGCUCUUGCUUAUGGAACUCUCUUCCAGCCCUUGCUUAUGGAACUCUCUUCCAGCUCCUUUGCUUAUGGAACUCUCUUCCAGCUCCUUGCUUAUGGAACUCUUCCAGCUCCUUGCUUAUGGAACUCUUCCAGCUCUUUGCUUAUGGAACUCUUUCCAGCUCUUGGCUUAUGGAACUCUUCCAGCUCCUUGCUUAUGGAACUCUCUUCCAGCUCUUUGCUUAUGGAACUCUCUUCCAGCUCCUUGCUUAUGGAACUCUCUUCCAGCUCCUUGAGAGCUCUUCCAGCUUUGCUUAUGGAACUCUUCUUCUUGCUUGCAAUGUUCUCUUCCAGCUCUUUUAUGGAACUCUUCCAGACUUGCUUAUGGAACUCUCUUCCAGCUUCCUUUCUUGCUUAACUUCUUUGCUUAUGGAACUCUUCCAGCUCCUUGCUUAUGGAACUCUCUUCCAGCUCCUUGCUUAUGGAACUCUCUUCUUCCAGCUCUUUGCCUAUGGAACUCUCUCUUCAGCUCCUUGCAUUAUGGAACUCUCUUCCAGCUCUUGCUUAUGGAACUCUCUUCCAGCUCCUUGCUAUGGAACUCUCUUCCAGCUUAUGGAACUGCUUAUGGAACUCUCUUCCAGGAACUCUCUUCUCCUUGCUUAUGGAAUUCUCUUCCAGCUCCUUGCUUAUGGAACUCUCUUCCAGCUCCUUGCUUAUGGAACUCUCUUCCAGCUCCUUGCUUAUGGAACUCUCUUCCAGCUCCUUGCUUAUGGAACUCUCUUCCAGCUCCUUGCAUAUGGAACUCUCUUCCAGCUCUUUGCUUAUGGAACUCUCUUCUCCUUGCUUAUGGAAUUCUCUUCCAGCUCCUUGCUUAUGGAACUCUCUUCCAGCUCCUUGCUUAUGGAACUCUCUUCCAGCUCCUUGCUUAUGGAACUCUCUUCCAGCUUAUGGAACCUUGCUUUGCUCUUCCAGCUCCUUGCUUAUGGAACUCUUCCAGCUCUUGCUUAUGGAAUUCUCUUCCAGCUCCUUGCUUAUGGAACUCUCUUCCAGCUCCUUUGCUUAUGGAACUCUCUUCCAGCUCUUUGCUUGGAACUCUUCUCUCUUUGCUUAUGGAAUUCUUCUUGCUUAUGGAACUCUCUUCCAGCUCCUUGCUUAUGGAACUCUUCCAGCUCCUUGCUUGGAACUCUCUUCCAACUCUCUUCCUCUUUUUGCUUGGAACUCUCUUCCAGCUCUUGCUGGAACUCUCUUCCAGCUCCUUGCUUAUAA